UCCCUUACUUAAAUAACUCAUCGUCUUCCCACUUGUCAUUUCUUUUUAUCUCUCUCUCCUACCUCUUCCCCAAAAAUUUCCGCGCAAAAUAAAAAAUAUCACGCAAAUCUCCCCCAAAUCUCUUCCAUUUCUCUCUCUAAAAAUGUGAUUGACUUUUUGCCGCCAUACCUGUUUCUUCUUUGAUCUCAAGUCUUUUUUGCAGUUUUUUUCAGAUGGCGGUUUGUCGUUGGUUUGUGGUUGUAUUCUUUACUUUUUUCGGCAUUGUUGGAGCUCUUAAAGCUACUGAAGGCGAUACUGAUCCAAUUUACAGGGGUUGUGUGGAGCUUUGUCAGGAGACUGGUUGUGUUGGAAACCAAUGUUUUCAGCAGUGCAAAUUCACCGCUGAUGGCAACGUUUCUGAUGGACGGUGGUAUCUCCAAGAACCCCUCUAUCUGAAAUGGAAACAGUGGGAUUGCAAUAGUGAUUGCCGAUACCAUUGUAUGCUUGCACGGGAGGAGGAACGGAGAAAGCUUGGGGAGCAGCCUGUCAAGUAUCAUGGAAGGUGGCCUUUUCGUCGUGUUUAUGGAAUUCAGGAACCUGUUUCUGUUUCUCUCUCUGCACUCAAUCUUGCUAUACAAUUUCAUGGUUGGAUAUCUUUCUUCAUUCUUGUUUAUUACAAACUGCCUUUGACGGAUAACCGGAAGACAUACUAUGAGUAUACUGGCGUAUGGCAUCUCUAUGGUGUCUUGGCAAUGAACUGUUGGUUCUGGGCUGCAGUUUUCCACAGCCGAGAUCUGGACCUAUCGGAGAAGCUAGGUUACUCAUCUGCUGUUGCUUUCCUUGGCUUUGGUCUUAUAUUGGCCAUUUUUCGAGUUUUUGACAUAAAGAAAGAAGCCUCUAGGGUUAUGGUUGCUGCUCCAUUGAUUGCAUUUGUGACAACACAUAUCUUGUUUUUAAACUUCUACAACCUCGACUAUGGCUACUUCAAGCCAUUAGUUAGCAUUUAGCCCGCACCUUGACUCCCAUGAUACAAGAGUUGGGAGGUUAAGGUGGGGAAAGCUAGCAAGUUGAUAACCUGAACUGUGUCAACUGUGAAGUUAUAAGUUAUGUUUCUUCUUCCAUUGCAAUCUUUCCUUUAAUAAUCAAUACUGUCCAUGUUUCAAGUCCAGUCAUCUGACAUUUUCCUCUGUCCAUUCAGAUCUGAACAUGAAAGUAUGUUUGAUCAUUGGUGUGGCUCAGCUUCUCCUGUGGGCCGUAUGGGCUCGUGUGAGUCAGCAUCCAUCGCGUGGAAAGUUGCAGGUAGUAGUAUAUGGGGGCGCUCUUUCUGUUCUCUUGUUAAUUUAUGAUUUUCCACCCUAUUGGGAACUUGUGGAUGCUCUUGCUGUGUGGCAUGCCGUUACCAUUCCUCUUUCCUACAUUUGGUGGAGCUUUAUUAAGGAUGACGCAGAGUACACAACAUUGACUUUAUUGAAGAAAGCCAAGUAGGAAUUCCUGCACAGACUCGUUUGACGAGUAGAUAUGUGACGGGCCUUCUAUUUUAUCCGUUUUUUCCCCCUCCAGUGUGUAUCGCCCUAGGAUGAUUGCAUUGGUUGGUGCUUCUGUCUGCUUCAACACAGCUUGGUGGCUAGUAGAACGGAUUUUGUUUCCACAUAAUGUGUUGUUUAGGGUUUUUAAUUGAACAUGUAUAGUGUAAACAUUGUGGUUGGUCUUCCUCGGUUUUCAUGUACUGGUAACUUUUUUCAGCGUCGUCUGUUUGACUGUCUAUGUCCUUUCAAAUUCAUUUUGCUGAUCUUAUUUCUAUAACCGAUAGUCUGUACAUUCA